UUGAAACUUCAGAUAAACGAAAUUUAUCACGCAUUUCUGACUUUUUUUACCUUAAAAAAAAAAAAAAAAAUUUACGCUAUUUUAAUCCUCCUCGAGAUAUUAUUUCGAAGCUCAUUUAAAUCAUUGUUCUACACACAGUUUUUGAAGGAUUACUACAAACUCGUGAAACAUCAUUUAAGUGAAAAUCAUUUGCCCAAAAAUAUCACGAAAUUUCCCAGUGUGGACGAAUUAAAAGAAUUCGCCGAAAAAAAAUUUUUCGAAUUUUACAAGGUAGAGCCUACCUGUGCGGUGUACGCGCCCGGAACUCUAACCAUAGCUGGCAAGUGUAUGGAUUUCGCUGAAAGUAAAUCAUUGUCCAUGGUAGGUGCAAAUUCAAGCAUUUCUGCGCCGAUUCACUGCCAAGUCCCGAUUUUCCUAGCCUGCACGAUCGCUGAACAUGCACUUUUCUCACGUGAUCGUGACGCUUGGGAAAAGCAAUAGAGGCGUGUAACGAUACAGACACAUACACGAUAGACACACAUACACACAUUUGUCUCCGUUUAUCUUCCCUUGAAAUAAAACAGGCCAUUCAACUUGUCACGUUGAUAGUUGGUAAAUACCAUCAGUACAAACGAUGUCGGAUUAUAUCUUACUUGGACAAAACUAAGGUGGAAAGGAUGGAAAUGGGCUUGAAGGAGGAGGAUCUUUACAUAGCAGACGAAGAAAGAUUGUGGAUACGUUAUUUAAAAGGAACGUUGAAAACUUUCAAGGAAAAGUAUUCGUACAUUCCUGGUUUUCAAAUGGUAAUCGUCUCCAACUUGCCUUCAAAUUACGAUCUUGGGAAAAACUCGGCCUUAAUCACUGCUUUGUACAUGUUUCUUGAAACAGUAGCACAUACAUAUACAGUAAACAUUUUAGAAAAAGCGCUAAUAUGUCAUUUGGCGGAAAAAUUAGCGGUAAGCUCUCUUUACAAAACUCGAAUCUCCGAUGUUUUGGUUUCUGUUCUUGGAAAAGAGGACAAAAUUUUCAUCACCGAUACACAAUCUCUUCAUUUUGAUCAAUACGAUUGGAACAAUAUCGACGUUGAAAUAAUUCUCAUAGAAUUAAAUGUUGAAAAAAAUAAAUCACCGGAAUGGUAUAUAAGUAAUACAGAAUAUAAGGAAAUCAUGACAGUGAUAAACACGCAAUCCCGAUGGCGUACACAUCCAAUUGGCAUGUCAAUGAUAAAAUAUUUAUUUCCGGAAAAAACGAUAAAAAUGAUUCAUGAUGCGAUUGAUAAGGAUAAAAGAAUAAUAAAAAUGGGUUGCGCAAUUCGAGAGGAACAGUGGGAAAAACUGGGUAGGAUAUUAUCAAAUGGUUUGAUGUAAUUUGUUUGGAUUAUGUAAUUUGUUUUCCAUUUUGUGUAGUAUUAAUACUGUAAUAAUUGAUAUAAGCAAGUAUAUUUUACAUAGAUUGUUAAAACAUUACAUGAAACAUAGAUACAAUAUAUUAUUUAGGCUGUAGCUUUUUUUUUAAAUAUAUAUAUUUAUAUAUUUUGUUUUACAUAUAUAUAAUAAUAGGUCAUAUUUUCUUUAACUUUGAUUAGUAUGUUUCAAAAAUUAGUCUAUUUAGGUACCGCAUUUUUUUCAAAGCAAUUUAGCUUCUUUUUUUUACAUGUUUAUAUGCAAAUUUCGACCCAAUAUUUAUAUUGUGUACAUUAUAGGAGAGCUUUUGUGGGAAAACCAUCGAUCUGUGUGUAAAUACUUGAGUUUCUUAUCUGACGAUAUUAAACAUAUCGAGAAUACAUUCGGAAUUAUCGAGGGAGUUUUAGGAGCCAGUGUUAUCAAUUAUGGUACAGCUAUCGUAACAUUGGUAAUAUAAUUACUCUCUUUAAAACAAAACAUUUACUUUGAGAAAAAAUAAACAAAAACUAAUAAAUACUAUACAUUUUAAUCAUA